GAAGAAUUGAGUGCCCAGCUCCUACCGUCUCCCUCACCUCGCUGUCGCGAUGUAGCGAUUCACCCCAUUUUACUACGUGUAGCCACUUGCUCUAUGCUUGGUAUAUGCGAAGGCUUUUCUUGUGUGACCAUUACCACCUUCUACACUUUUACAUUGGUGACCUACGCAGGGAAGAAAACGUCGAAAGGUCAGAUAGCUAUGUGCGAACCUGAGCUCUUGGAUCGUCUUCAGAAAGCAAGUGGUUAUUGGGUGCAAUAGGUAGAUUGAGGUAACGGGACUGCCGGAAUACCUGUAGAUGGUAUGGUGUCGCAACUCGUGAUUGUUGCGGUGAGGGAGACAUUGUUUCCCUAAAAACUCAAAACCGAUAUGUGGCCUCUUGGUGUAAAAGUGGGGGGGAGUGGAAAAACUUUAUUGUUGUAUCCACAUCCACCACAGCACCGAGAGAACAUAUCGUGACUAUCUCGAACGAAAUAGCCUCCUGCGGAAACGCCGGUAUCGCUUGGAAGUCAAGGGAGAAUCUUCGCUUUUUCAAUCUACAAGUCAGGUGGGCGGGGGGACACCAGGGUAAACAAGGUGAAAACUCAAAAGUCUACGGGGCUAGAAAAUUCCUAUAGAGUUCUGAUUAUACGUGGUCAGAAUGGGGGUGGACUAGCAGCCAUCUGAUGGGUAUUCACCGGCGAUACAAGGGUGAAUUCUCUCUUGCCCAAUGAUGAAAGGGAGACAAAGAGCGGAGAUACUUCCUUAGCCAAGAGCUAUUCCGAAAACUCGGGAAAGUAGGAGGUUACGAGUUAGAGAAAGCCCAACGUCAAUAUGCCGAAAAAGUGGUGAAAUGUUGGUUGUCGUGGAUGCAAUGGGUCUCUUUGUAACUUCGCAAACUUUUCGCGAAGUUAUGAAGAAGGGUAAAAGACUCCGAAGUUGUACGAAAACAACGGUAUAAAGUCUUGCUACCCUUCCAAGAUUGCAACCUGCAACAACCGAUCAAGAAUAAAACAUUAGAAAAAGAAGGAAAGAAUCAUUUCAGACAAAAUGGAACCCAUUAAAUUCGAAGGAGAGGCUGGUCAAAUGAGGGAGAGAGACUCGAUCUCUGAUUCGGCUUCCGAUACAUCAAUUCCGAUCACUGCAUCCAACUCUCGGGAACAGAGAGACACCCCCGAAGCUCCAGGAGAAGGACCACUCCCUCAACAAGUAAAGGAGCAACGAAAAACCGAGUCUGUCAAACAGAAGCAAAGCGCCAAUGUGUUCCCGCAAGAUGGGCACGUUAGCGCUGCACAACUUGCUGCUAUUUUGGAACAACUGAGCAGAGCAAAUGCCCCACCAUUGCCCCUCCCCGGACAAGAAGGAAUGCCGUGGUUCCAAGGUUCCAAUGCUACAGAGUGGUGUGAAGGCAUGGAACAACUCCGACGCAACUACAGGAUGAACGAGGAAGACUUCCGUCUUCGAAUUCCAUUGCAGGUGGAAAGGACUCUUCGAGAGGAUGUUAAGGCCAUGAAAGAGUGGCAGCAAGAAGGUUGGGAUUGGGAACGCAAAUUCAAGCCUGCAUUUCUCAAGGAGCACUUGGCAGAUGAUAUUCAUCAGAAAAUGUAUUCGAGAGACUACAUUCGUCGUCUUGCUAAGAAAUAUAAACAGGAAGGGGAAGACAAUGCUGACGCACUUGCACGCUUUACGCGUCAGUAUAAUCAAGUCGCCCAACGCUUGAUUAGAGACAAAGCUUCAACCAAGAGCGAGGUCACUGAAACUUUCUUGAAAAACAUCCCUAAAAGAGCUGCUCGCAAGUGCAUUGCUGGACUCAAGAUAGACCUGAAGAAACCUGGUACAGUGGAGUGGGAUAAAGUCUUUCAAUGGGUAAUGCAAUAUACAGACAAUGAAUCCCAAUUUAGGAUCCUCGAGGUGAGCGAUUCUGAGGAAGAUUCGGGUCUGGAAGAGUUGAUCGAUACUGUCACUUCAUUCAAGAAAACCAAAGUGCAAGCCAAGAGUCCUGUCAUCCCAAAGGCAGACAGUAUCGAGCAAAUCACGAAAAUGCUUGAGAGCUUUUCUGCAAUAACCCAACAAGAGAAAGCUCCCAAGAGAACGGAAGGAAAAGUGCAGAUACUUGACCCCCAUUCGAACUACAGAAUCCCUCUUGCUACGCGACCCCAAAUGUCAACAUACUACCCCUCUCUGGGCUCGAACAAUGUGCAAGAUGGUAUGGACGACAGUGUAGAAUAUGUCAAUGUCGCUCAGAGGAGAUAUUGUUACUUUUGCCAAAACCAAUACCCUGGGAAAGAAGAUCACAGUUUCAAAAAGGACUGUCCUGUCUUCAAAGAGUACAUUGACUAUGGAUAUAUACAUCAUAAUCAAUAUGGCGAGCUGUUUUGGGGACCAAAGGAUACAAAGGAGAAUCCCUCACCUAUCAUUCACGACCACAAGACUCAAGGUUCCCUUGCUAAGGCAGUGAGCUUGAGAGCUAAGUCAAACGGAUGGGACCAACCACAGAGAGAAGUGGAGCAAGUACAGCUAAUUGAAGAUAUAUAUACCGCAGAAGUUCUCAAUGUCGACAGCCCAGAAAAUUUCACUAUAGGAGAAUAUGUUAAUGCGGUCAGCUCUGAACCUAGGAAACGCGGCCGACCUCCACACGGUCCUAGUAAGGUUCACAAACCACCUGUCAAGAGCGCGAAGAAUCAGAAUUCUACUCUUGCUUCGAAGGUUCUUAAAUAUGCUCACUUGAUGUCUCCUGAGGAAGAUACUCUUAGCCACAAUGGGGCUGAGCCAGAUACUGAACCCAUGGAUAUCCAAGACCCCAACGAACCAGAGAUUAUCUAUGAAAGGGUUGUUGACAAGACAAAGAAACCAAGGAAGAGAAUGAUGCCUAGGCUCAUGACGAAUACCUUCGGCAGUAUAGAAGAGCUUGAUAGAGACAUUCUCUCAUCAACUAUUAACGUGUCUCUAGGACUGAUACUCAGGGAAUGUCCAGCCAUUUGGAAAAGAUGGACAACCAGAGUAGGCGAUCCUACUAUGCCUUCAGAGUUGAACAGCCACUUGAUUAAUGCCAUCAACCGACUUCCUACUAAUCUUCGACCUGAAGCCCCGGAGCAAGUAAACCACACCGACUUAGUAUACACUACAAAUGAAGAUAGAGAAAGCCUCCCGAAGGUUAAAGUUAGUGUCAACGGCCUAGGUCCAGUCAAUGCGAUCCCGGACUCAGGAUCCACGAUCAACCUGAUCGACUCUGUUUUGGCUAGAAAACUUAAUCUACCCAUCAGCCCAGUCCAGACAACCAUUGUGGGCAUCAGUGCAGACUCCUUAAAUCUAAGAGGAAUUUGUAGAGACGUUCGUGUUGCAUUGGGAGGAGUCUCGAAUGUGAUCAAUAUUUACGUUAUGGAAAACGCUCGCAACGAACUAUUGCUAGGUAUGCCAUGGUUUAUUGCAGGAGAGGUUAGCUUUACAUACAGGGAUGGUGCACAAUACCUUACAGUCGUGGAUGAUGACAGAGAAACUCAAGCUAGUGUUUGGAGUGCUGGGCAGAAGUUUCAGACAGUGAUGCAAUCGGAAAACUAGGCACUGACACAUUGAGGGGACAAUGUGUCGGCAAUUUCCCCAAUUCCCCCAGUUCUCGUAACUUCGCAAACUUUUCGCGAAGUUAUGACGAUGGCAAGACAGAGCAUUUUGCAAGAAUAUAUGCUUCCCUUAGUACCGAAUUUCAGGAGUUCUGCUUCAACAUGUUAGAAAGGUCAGAUGAAGGAAAACACAUUAUAUCCUCUCAAACCUUCGAAGAAUUGUUCAAUAUUCACAUCGUGAAUGACGAUGUGGAACAAGUAAAUACAAUGUACAAGAACAAAGCUACGAAGGUCCGCCCCUCGAAUCAACCAUGUAACAUCACUGGAGAACCCCCUGGCGGAAGAGACGAUUGGUUUGAGCGUGAUCAGUUAAGAAAUCCGUAUCAAGAGCCAUCCGGGAGAUGGAAAGAGUUUCUUAUACCCCGCUUCAACAAAGAACCUGAAGGGUAUCGGCUCACUCCAGAAAGAACAAAGGCGAUUGAUUGCGGAGAUCUUUUGACGGAUUUGGAAAGAGACAUGCUGAUGGCCUGCCUCCUCAAUCGAGAAGGGGCCUUAGCAUUCGACUGGACACAUGCUGGACGGGUACAAGAGGACGUAGCCCCACCACAAAGAAUUCGAACUGUUCCCCA